AUGGAGAAUGAAUGGCAUAAUCGAACAUCGUAUCUCCUACCCUACCUUACCUUCAAGUGUCAACAGAGCAUACCAUCUCUGUCUCUGAUGCAUGCCUUUUCGCGCAUGGGCUGUCCAUGGCAGGAUCAUGGGCUUCGUCUGACAUCGAUCGCCGAUGAUUAUAGAGUACCUUUUUGGGAGUUGGUCACGGCAGUAUGCCACGUGCUGCACGUUCUACUCAGCCGCAAGAUUCUCCCAAGCGUCCAGACGAAUAAUCUACCUCCCGCCGAAUUGUCUCCCACCCGAUCACGAACAGACCCUCCAGCUUCGCCGCCGCACAAGCACGAGAAAUCCCAUCUGGCCCGCCGAUUACGCUCAGAGAGUCUGAGAAAUAAGCCUGCAUCGAAUCAUCACCACCACCAUUACCGGCAUAGCGCGAGAGAGACAGUUCAGUCAGCGAUAGAGUUGCGACCACCGAUCAGUUUCGACUCCCUGCUACGACGAGACAAGAAGACUCCCGAUUCGAGUCGAAAUGCAAGUAGCAAUCAGCAAAGAACUCCGCCAAUUCAACAACGCAAUGCUACUUACGAUGGAGCGGCGGAGCAAGCACAACGAGUGGUGGUCAAGCCUGGUGAUGUCAAGAAAGCACAGGAUGACAAUGCGAAGCGAGAAAAGGAACUUCGCGCAAGUCUACAGAAUGUCGAAGAGGUCGCCAUGAGCAGUACAAGACAGCUGGACGAUACAUAUUACACAAUCCUGGACAAAGCCUCGCUACUGCGAUCGACGGUCGCUAACCUCCAGCAACUCGCGGAGGAAAGCCGCGAGAUGCAUGCUACAUUCCAGGAACGUACAGGCAAGCUAGAGGACGACACUCGCGGCCUGCUUCAGUCCUUCGACAAUUUCAAUGCUCAGGAGAAGCUUAUCGACGAUCUUGUGUCACAGCUCAAAGCGUCAAAGAGUCAAACGGCCGAACUCAACAACCGCCUCGAAGCCGCACGCAACCGGGUAGAAGCCUACGAGAAGCGGGAGAAGGUCAAAGCGGCGAAUCGAAGGAAACGUUGGGGAGCGAUUUGGGGAGUGCUGGUCGGGAUCGUGAUUCUGGUGGUCGCAUAUGUGAUCGCGAGGAACCGCAGCGCAGUGGGAAGCCGCGUGCAUGGAGUGGUAGAAGUUAUGGACCGUCUUGGGAAUGAAUUGAAGGCUUCGGUCUCUGCGCUGAAGCCGAUGCCAAGUCAGAGUGAGGAUCCGUACCUGAAGAGGCUGUUUGAUGAGAUUUGA